CUCAAAACUUCCAAUAUGGCGGCUUCCACUUUUACUUUCGAUUUAAUUUUGUUAUUUGGACCUCCCAUACCGCAUAAAGAACAAUUUGUGCCCUCUGGUAUACUGUCUUCAGCGCACACUAUUGUUUGUCCUGAAAAACUUUAUGAAGAAAAUCCAAAUUAUGGCUUGCGAGAUAUUGCACUUUUUAUUGUUGCUUCACUCAGACAGAAUACACAAGUUGUGGUUGUUGAUGAACUGCAUGUAAAAGCACAGCGUUUAAGUCUGAUAAAAACAGUAAAAAAUAAGGUUCCAUCUUGCCAGAUUCAUUUAAUUCAAAUUCUGCCAAAGUAUGGGUUUCUGCAGUGCAUGUGGCAAUGGCAAUGUGCAUAUGCUAGUGAAGACACAUCAGUUCAUGUAAGAGAAGAAAAUGUCAAGAAUUGGUUUAGUUCCUGUAGUACCUCUGACAUUAAUUCUGAUUAUGUGCAAGCUCCUUGUGAAGAGGAAGGUUACUCAACUGAGACAGUAACUGUGCCAUUACGGAUAAACAGCUUUUAUAAAUUUGAGGCCCCAGCACUAUUUCUUCAGUGGGAGGACUCAUUAGAUAAUGAUGAACAUCUUGUGCAAAUUUCAAACAUAUGUUUAAGGUGGUUUGCUGAAAAUGUGAAUGGCAGAAUAAUUUUCAUUCAUGAUGGGAGAAUAAAUGCAAAAGGUGCUAUUACAGAUACACAGAAAAACACAAAAGGUUUAUGUCAGCUUGCAAUAAAAGUUAAUCAGCCAAUCUAUGCCAUACAAAGGAUGUCUGCAAGUAGUGGAAACUUUAGUCUGCCACCGCAGCCUGGAUUGAUAGCAUUUCUACAACAGCGUCAUCUGAUUCAUCUACAUUCUAAGCGGACAUAUUAUUUGUACAAUAGCAUAGAGCAUCAGCAGAUGGCUCAGGCAGUUGGUAUUCAAUGUCAUAAGAUUUCUGCUGUGAUAAAGAAGCCAGAAUUGUUAUUUAAAGACAUUGGACUACCUGUGACAGUGCCAGAAAUGCUAAGAACAAUGACUUUAGUGAAACCAACAUACAUAGCUACAGAGCACUCUACUUUAUCUGUGCCAUUAUUUGAUGUAAGGCAUAAAGAAGAAAAUAAUCAUAUUUCACAAAACAUUCAUGGAUUGACUGAGCAUGUGUUUAUCAAAGAUAUGCAGAGUUUUAUUCAGUAUCAGGAUAGUUUUCAGAAACAAUUAACUCCAAUUGACCAACAACCCAAACAUAGCAAGGCAGAAACAAAUUUCAGGAACACCAGCAGUCUGAAGUUACCCACUAAAACUAUUCAUAACGAAAAGAAAGAUUUUGAUCCUCCAGUAUGGAUGAAGAAGAAGAAGCAAAGUCACCCUACUUCAAGCUCAACAAGUUUUAACAAUGAAGGCACAAGUAAAGCAGAAUUAACAGACUUUAGUCAUAGAUCAAUGAAAACUGUAUACUUUAUGUCAGAAAAAGAAGUAAUGGAAAUGUCACUUGAUAUUCUUAAACAGCAUGGCCAAGACAAGUAAAUUGUAACAAUCUGUGGAUUCUUAAAACUUGCUGGUGUUUUGCAAAUAUUGUACAAAUGUAAAACUUCAUGAAAUAAUUGUAAAAGAAUCAGUUUUACAGUAAUCAAGCAAUAAAAAC